AUGGGUGAACACGAGUACGACACGUCGGCGCCUCACGAAAACAUGACGGCCGGCAAAUACAUCACCACGCGUCUCCCGACGCUCAAACCUCCCAUGCACCAGUUGCAGAACCCAAUAAAACUUCUGCGCAUGCUCAACGCGCAGCAGUGGGCAUUCUUCUUUGUCGCCUUUGCGGCAUGGACGUGGGAUUCGUUUGAUUUCUUCACUGUUUCUUUGACGGUGACGAGUCUGGCCAAGACGUUUGACAAGACAAAGACGGAUAUUACAUGGGGUAUCACCCUGGUGCUCAUGUUCCGAUCUGUAGGAUCCGUCCUCUUUGGUAUUGCCAGCGAUCGAUACGGCCGAAAGUGGCCAUUCGUCAUCAACAACAUUCUCUUUAUCAUACUCGAGCUUGGAACUGGUUUCUGUAAUACUUACUCUCAGUUCUUGGCUUGUCGAGCUCUCUUUGGUGUCGCCAUGGGUGGUCUUUACGGUAAUGCUGCCGCCACCGCCCUUGAGGAUUGUCCCGAGGAGGCUCGAGGUAUCAUGAGUGGUAUCCUUCAGCAAGGUUACGCCUUUGGAUAUCUUCUCUGCGCCGCAUUCGCCCGAGGUCUCGUCGACACCACCCCCCACGCCUGGCGACCUCUUUUCUGGUUCGGCGCCUGCCCCCCCGUCCUCUUCAUAAUCUUCCGACUCAUGCUCCCCGAGACGCAAGCAUACCAAGAACGUCAACGUCUCCGCCAAGAGGCCGGAUCGUCUGACGGCAAGGGCAAGGUGUUUGUCAAGGAAGGCAAGGUCGCGCUUAAGCACCACUGGAUGCUUCUCGUGUACCUCGUCCUCCUCAUGGCUGGCUUCAACUUUAUGAGCCACGGUAGUCAGGAUCUGUACCCCACCAUGUUGGAGAACCAGCUUGGCUUCUCGAAGACAAAGGUCACUGUUACUCAGGUCGUUGCUAACCUGGGUGCCAUGUCGGGAGGUACUGUUGUCGGUUUCCUCAGUCAGUCCAUCGGUCGUCGACUGAGCAUCAUCAUCUGCUGUAUCGUUGGCGGUGCACUUCUGUACCCAUACACAUUCGUCCGUGACGAGUCCAUCAUCGCCGCUGCAUUCUUCCAGCAAUUCUGUGUCCAGGGUGCCUGGGGUGUCAUCCCCAUCCAUCUGAUGGAGCUGUCCCCUGGUGCUUUCCGUACCUUUGUCGUCGGCACAUCCUACCAGCUCGGUAACCUCGUCUCUUCAGCAUCCUCAACCAUCGAGGCCCGCCUGGGAGAGAAAUUCCCCCUUCCCGAGACAGAAAAGGGCGAGAGCCGAUACGACUACGGCAAGGUCAUCUGCAUCUUCAUGGGCUGUGUGUACGCAUACGUCAUCGUCCUGACAUUCAUCGGCCCCGAGAACCUGCGCGGCAAGUUUGACGUUGCCCACGACUCGGACGCCCGCGAGGUUGUUGGCUCUCAAGCAAUGGAGAACGCAGCCAUGCACCACCGCAAGGCUAGAGAUGAGGAAGAGAACGAUCCCAGGAUCAGUGGAGAGAAGGCCGAGGUUACACAUGUUCGGGAUUAA